GCAGGCCAGGAUCUAGUAGCACUAGUAGUAGUACCAUUAGCCAAAAUCACCUUACCAUUCUAUUUCUUGAGAAGCCACUAGAGCAUGAGUCGACCAUGGACGAAGAGGCAGAACAAGCUGUUUGAGAAGGUUCUGGCCAAGUAUGAUGAGGAUACGCCAGACCGCUGGCAGAAGGUGGCGCGGGAUGUGGGCGACGGCAGGUCAGCCGAGGAAGUGAAAAGGCACUAUGAGGAGCUGGAACAAGACGUGAAGCACAUUGAGGAAGGAGACCUCCGCCAGUACGGCGGCAGCCGCACUGGAAGCGCCAACACCAACGGAGGCUCCAGCCGCAGUGGCAGCAGGCAGGAGCAGAGGCAGUGAUCGCUGGGCCGGUGCAAGGAGCUGGUCGUACACAGCAUCCCUUUCCAGCUUGAAACCAGUAAUCUAUCUACAAUAUAUACACAUGACCCACACCGUUGUGAUGGUUAUCUGCAGUCCUGUCGAUAAAGCUGCUACCUAGCGCGCUCUGAUGAUGAUGAUGACCACGACGACGAAGCCAAAAAAAAAAAAAAAAAUCGUAGGCAUAAUCAAGUCCUGCAUCGGAACUGUGUAUCUUUCAUAUAUUUUGUUGUACGUGUAUAUGCCCCACCACGAGCUAUGGGUUAAACGCUUGCACCGCCGGAGGUAUAUUCUACUGUAGGAGCACUAAGCUCCCUA